CAUUUUCGUGAGGUAUUGUGCGGCAACAACGAAGUUCAAGCCCAACGCUACGAACACUCCGACAAAUAUGGCACCUGCGUCACUACUGGACCUCGUGUCUGCGCUGCCCGCCACAGAAGGAUGGGGCCCUACCGUCUCCACCGAGACGAUGCUCGAUGGAGUCCCAUUUGCGCCUUAUUCAAAGGCAGACAAACUGGGCCGCAUGGCCGACUGGACAGAGGGCAAGGACCGUGAGCGGGGAGGUCGCCAGCAGUAUGGCAACAGAAACUACAGAGACCAGCAAGUCUACGGCGCAAACCAGCAGACGAACCCUUUCGCUAUCCAGGCCGCAGAAGAGGAGGCCACUUUCUCCGUUGUAGACAACACACGGACAUCAGCCCGGGGCCGAGGAUUUGGAAGAGGAGGUGGCACUGUUUUCCGCGGACGAGGACAGCGGGGCGGGCCGGCAGGGCAGCGCGGAGGACGGGGUACCUUCCAGCGCGUCGGCGGUGGCCGCGGUGGACAGCAGUACGACAACCAGCGUGGUGGGCGUGGCGGAAGGGGAGGACGUCGCUUUGGCUGGAGGGACGACAAGCCACAGCGCAACCGUGAUGCCUCAGUUCAGGUCAAGCCUGAGUGGGCUGUCAUGGAGGAAAUUGACUUCUCGCGCUUGGGCAAACUCAACCUGGAUACCGGAGACGGCGAGGAUAUCGACAACUACGGCUUCCUGUACUACUAUGAUCGCAGCUACGACAAGCAGCCGGGCGCGAAGACCUCGGAGCGAAGACUCAACAUUCUCGAACGCGCUGCUUACAACGUCACAACUUCCAGCGACCCAAUUAUCCAAGAGCUUGCUGACAAAGACGAGGCUACCGUCUUCGCCACGGAUAGUAUUCUGUCUAUGCUCAUGUGCGCCACAAAGUCCGUCUACUCCUGGGAUCUUGUCUUCACAAAGAAGGGCAGCAAGGUCUUUAUCGACAAGCGCGAUGGUUCGAACCUGGACAUGGUCACUGUAAAUGAGAACGCCGCCGAUGCUCCCCUUGAGAUAUCUGAGGGUAACAAAGACUCGAUCAACAGCCCAGGUGCACUCAUGCAGGAGGCUACCCAUAUCAACAACGUCUUCCCUCUCCAAGUUGUCUCUGAGUCCGAGACGAACAAGGUUACCAUGACGCACGAGCAUCCCUUCUAUAACGGAGAGGUUGAGAGCGACCCGCCGGCAUCUAAAGCCUACAGGUACCGACGAUUCGACCUGUCCCUGGAGAAGGAUGAGGAGCCGCUGCAUCUGAUUGUCCGAACGGAGCUGGAUGCCGUUAUGAAGAAUAACAUUAACGGCGAAGAUCAAUAUCUGACCAUCAAGGCGCUGAACGAGUUCGAUAACAAGGCACAGGGCGCUGGUGGUGCUUUGGAUUGGAGGUCGAAGCUGGCAAGCCAAAGGGGUGCGGUUCUUGCCACGGAAAUGAAGAACAACUCUUGCAAGCUUGCUCGAUGGGCUGUGCAGAGUAUUCUAGCCAAGGCCGAUACGAUGAAACUUGGCUUCGUCUCCCGUUCAAACCCCAAGAACAACAACGAUCAUGUCAUCCUUGGUGUGCUCACCAACAAGCCUCGUGAUUUUGCCUCCCAAAUGGCACUCAAUCUCAACAAUGGGUGGGCCAUCGUUCGUACCAUCGUCGACAUGGUACUGCGGAUGGACGAGGGCAAGUAUGUCCUAAUCAAGGAUCCCAACAAGUCUCUUCUCCGCCUAUACUCGGUACCCCUUCACACCUUUGAGGAGGAAGACGUGGAAGAGCUACAGGCGCCUGCGGAGGAUGACGAAGAGUAACCACGGGGCUAGCAAGUGAGCAGUGCAUUUGACGAUAUCCAUGUAGUAAUGCUUGGUAUGAACUACUGCACGAUAGGCGAAAUAUAUGACGAGGGUGCUGAGCGAGCGAGAAAUUCUCAACUAGUGAGCACACUCCAGCUGUGCCAGUUUACUUCACAUUGGUCCCAAUUUUUUUUACUAUCCACAAGGGAUGCAUACUACGAUACCGAAAUCCCACACAUGGUAGGAGCUGAGUUCUUGUUUGUGAUCGUAGAGCUACGAGGAGAACAACUGUCAGUGAUUUCAGAUUUUGUUCCUCUCUACCGGAUCCUCUUACCUUUCACUUCCAAUUCAGUCAAGCGAUGUCUCUCUGUACAGUUUGUUUGUCGUCAUUUACCUGUGAUGAUGUCAUAAGCUCUUACAAAGAUUAUGUGACUUGUUCCGUGCC